UGGAAAACGCUAUUUCAUGUGACACAUGUCACAUGUAUCAAUGAUUCUGUGACGUACUCAAAUGUUUUAUUUUUAUUUGUAAAAGUUUGUUAGUAAAUUUUUUAUGUUUUUCUAAUAAAUUUUAGUACGUAUGCAUUUUUGUAAUACGUUUGUUAAAACUAUGCAUAAGUGACGAAACGAUAGUAUCAAUAAAACAUAGGUAGUUGAUAAUUCCACGUCAGAAAAAAUAUGGAAGAAACUUCUAUGCUAAUAGCAUUAGUUUUAGUCAUGCUAGUUGGUUCUUUUUUGGCUGGAUCUAUACCGUUAUUCUUCAGUUUUUCAGAGGAUAAACUAAAAAAAAUUACUGUUUUUGGAGCAGGCCUCCUGGUAGGAACAGCUUUAACUGUGAUAAUCCCUGAAGGUGUGAGGUCACUGAUACCUGAAGAGUCACACCAACAUGCUCAUAACGAGUCUAAAACACUUGAGCACAAAGACCCGUUAUCUGUGAUAGGAAUUAGCUUAGUACUGGGGUUCAUAUUCAUGCUUCUGGUGGAUCAGAUUUCACAAAGCAGAAAUGAAAACCUCAACCCAUCUGAAAGAAACGUCACAGCGACGAUAGGUUUGGUGGUUCAUGCAGCAGCCGAUGGUGUAGCCUUAGGUGCUGCUGCAACAACUAGUCAUGCGGAUGUUGAAAUAAUAGUUUUUUUGGCCAUUAUGCUUCACAAAGCUCCAGCUGCUUUUGGUUUGGUAACAUUUCUUUUACAUGAAGGCAUAGAUAGACAAAGAAUAAGAAAACAUUUGUUAAUAUUUUCCCUCUCUGCACCCAUUUUGACUUGCUUAACUUAUUUUGGAAUUGGACAGAAGCAAAAGGAAACACUCAAUUCUAUGAAUGCAACAGGGAUUGCUAUGCUAUUUUCUGCCGGAACAUUCCUUUACGUAGCGACUGUUCACGUUUUGGCUGAUAUAACCCAAGCUCAAUCAUCCUACGACAAGCUUCCUCUGACAGAGUCAACAAAGCAGAGUGCCUCAAGUUCUAGGCUGAAAACUAUAGAACUGGUUUUUCUCAUUAUGGGCUGUCUGUUUCCUCUGUUUUUGUCUCUUGGUCAUCAUCAUUAAAUCUCAUUUAUGUAAAUAUACAUUUAUUUAUUACCUUUGGAAUAUUAGUCGGCAAUAAAACCUCUUAUGUA